AUGAAGUUUUUGUUCGUCCUCCUCGCCCUCUGUGCCGUUGCUUUGGCUCAACGAGGAAAUAAUAAUCAACAAGAACAAAAUUCGCAAUUCGUCAACAAUGGAGUGAACUUGCCAUGUGGAUUUUCUUGUACUCGCAGAGCUCAAUUCCAAACAUUCAUGGAUGGACAGCUCACAAGUGCACAGUGCUCAAGCAGUGGAGUUGAUUCUCUUUCUCGUUGUAAUGGAUGUUGUGGCGCUCGUGCUUUAGCUGCCGGAAUUUCGACCGAAUUCGCUUCUGGAUUCGCUUCCGUUAACAACAACGAAUGCGUCUGUUGUACUUUCCGUAGAUGCUGA